AGAAACAUCUGAGAGACGCAAAACAUAAUAGCCCAGGAGAGGAAGGAACGUAUAGUAGUGAUAAUAAUGGAAGUUGGAAUGAAAUUUGCAGUACUUCAAUGUGCAGAGGACCCAGAGUACGUGAAGAAGAGGUACGGUGGGUAUUUCGGGGUCUACUUGGAAAUGCUUGCGGAGGAAGGGGAAACGUGGGCCGUGUUCCGGGUGGCUCGCGGCGAGUUCCCGGCGGAGGAAGAGAUCGGAGACUUCGACGGCUUCGUCAUCACCGGCAGCUGCUGUGACGCCCACGCCAAUGACGUCUGGAUUUGCAAUCUUUUGAAUCUCCUCAACAAGUUGGAUUCCAUGAAGAAAAAAGUUCUUGGCAUUUGCUUUGGCCACCAGAUAUUGGGGCGUGCUAUCGGAGGGAAAGUUGGCCGUAAUACUAAGGGUUGGGACAUAGGAAUAACUGCUGUGCACUUGUUGCCAUCAAAGCUUUUCAAUUGCAUCGAAAUGCCGCCUUUCCUCGACGUCAUCGAAUUCCAUCAAGAUGAGAUUCAUGAGCUUCCAGCCAAGGCGGAGGUUUUGGCAUGGUCGAACAAGACCGGUAUCGAGUUGUUUACGUAUGGUGAUCAUAUUAUGGGAAUUCAGGGUCACCCCGAGUAUACCAUGGACAUACUUGAGCAUCUACUUGACGGUGUCACCAAACGCAACCUUAUUCAGGAUGAGACCGCGAGUGAGGCUAAGGCGAGGAUGGAGGAGGAACGCCAACCCAACAAGGAGGCUUGGAAGAAGUUGUGCAUUUCUUUUCUCAAGGGCCGAUUAUUGUAAAUGUGCUAUCAAUUUUCAUGACCAUCUUAAUUCGCUACCAUCCUAUUAAUAUGAAAUAUAAAUAAUAUAUAUAUAUAUACCACGCAUUUACUAACUAGUAGGAUCCUUUAAUUGAU